AUGCGCGAGAUCGACGCACACUUUGACGCCUAUGAGCAUCUCAAGCAUCUACCAAGGGAUGCAGAAGCGCUGCACAUGCUUCGCAAGGCUGCGUCCAUGGUCAAACCGAUGAUGCGCAAACGCGGCUGGAAGGUCGGGACGCUGGCUGAAUUCUUACCAGACGAGCCGCAGCUACUAGGUCUCAACAUCAACCGCACAGAGAGAAUUCUCAUCAGGCUCAGAUAUCACCAUGAUUCGCGGCAAUUCUUGUCCAUGGAGCAGGUCACUGACACCUUGCUUCAUGAAUUGUCACACAUCGUAUUCGGACCCCACAAUGCAGACUUCAACAAUCUCUGGAAUGAAUUACGGGACGAGCACCAGUCGUUGCUUAUGAAGGGCUACUCGGGCGAAGGUUUUCUCACGCAAGGCAAGAAGCUGGGUGGCAAGAGAGUGCCGCUGGAUGAGAUGCGUCGACAGGCUAGAUCUGCAGCUGAGAAGCGCAAGGCAAGUACAAAUGCCAAUGCUGGUGGCCACAGGCUCGGAGGCUCAUCGGUGGUACGCGGAGUGGACAUGCGCAAGGUCAUCGCCGACGCUGCAUCACGGAGAAGCAGUAUCACAGAAGGAUGUGCCAGCAACAGUGCAGAAGCCGGAAGGCUAGUUCACCAGCAGGAGCAGGACGGUUUCAGGACAACGGCUGAGCAGGACGACGCAAAUGAUAUGGCCAUCGCACGAGCCCUUCAAGAUCUCAUGUAUGAGGAAGAGAUGCACCGACUCGGCGCCCCCACCGGGCAAGGAGGACUGACUUGGGAUCGGGAGAACGGUCUUUCCGUCGCCAGCGCAGAAAUCUUCGGUUGGCUUGGAACGGGCCAGGGACACAGGUUCCUUGUUCGGCCCUCCGACAUCGCUGACUCCGCAAUCGCGUCAGUCCUCGCUGCCUCGUGUGGAUGCCAAUGGGCGACCCAUAUCUCGACUCAUAAGUCAAGCGCAGCCCAGAUCAUCCACAUCACGGCCAGUCUCGAAUAUAAGAAGCACAUCGUAUGGCUCCUCGCGCUUGAUCAGCCAAGAAGAAGCGCAGUUACGAAACAAACAGCUUCCGUCCAUUCCCUCACCCACCUCGCCACAGCAGAUCACUGUUCCCUCAGAUCCCGAUAA